CUAAAAACAUGGACUGGAAAUGUAAAAACCGAAAGUAAAAGCUUUUAUGACGCAAUUGAACAUGCUUUGCAGGAUACUUCACUUGAUAGACAAAAACAAGAAAAGCUCAAGAAUUUGAAGGAAACACCUAUAGAUACCGUAAAUAUUGUUUUAUCAGAUUAUACUAAAAAUA